UUUGAUGCGGCACUGGAAAGCUGGACGGAGUGGUCACGCCAAUUUGGAUUCCAUCUCGCCGCCUACAGAAUUCAAGAAAUGGAGCCAACCACAGUAUACAACUCGGACACUACCAGACCACCCCAGCCACUGCCGGCCGCCAACUCACUGGAGGGGCCUUCACCAACUCCACACGCCACACCAGGGUCGACAUCAAUGGAUGUGGGUAUCAUUCUCCCAGCUGCCCCAGCUGCCAGCGCACAACUUACCUACUACAGGGACACAGACGAGCUUCAUCAUCUCCUCGCUUCUGCAAUGGGGUGCUGUACCGAAGCUUAACGCCUGUAGUGUCAGCAACCAACAUCACACCAGUGCUUUGAAGAUGUUUAAUACACAGGACACAGUUUUCCUGAAGACCGGCAGCCCUGCUCGUCCGUCCACUAGGAGGCGACCCGAGCGCCACUAGAGCCUGCAAGCCGCACAGACCUAUUCUCUUCCACAGAAGACACGUGAUCGAAACGAGGCCCAGCGGUAUCCUAGCUCUGAGUGGUAUUUAGGGCAGCACUUAGGUCAGAGGAGACCAGCUCGCUACAUGUCAGCUUUCCUGGGCCAGACGCCGAUUCUGCAAACGAUUCCAUCAAUCAGGAUUCUCACUCGUGAGCUGCCUCCACGGUGUCGCCGCCAUUCCUGUC